ACCUUACUGGAGCCCAGGAUGGCAGCGUCCGAAUGUUUGAAUGGACCAGACCUCAGCAGCUGAUAUGCUUCCGGCAAGCUGGCAAUGCCAGGGUUACGCGAAUGUAUUUCAAUUCUCAGGGCAAUAAGUGUGGGGUAGCUGAUGGGGAAGGAUUCUUAAGCAUUUGGCAAGUAAACCAAGCUUCGAGUAAUCCCAAACCUUAUAUGAGCUGGCAGUGCCACAGCAAAACCACAAGUGACUUUGCCUUCAUUACCUCUUCGAGUUUAGUGGCCACGUCUGGACAGUCUAACGACAACCGAAAUGUGUGCUUGUGGGACACCUUGGUGUCAUCAUCUAACAAUCUCAUACAUGCCUUCACAUGUCAUGAACAUGGCGCCACAGUGCUUCACUAUGCACCGAAACAUCAGCUGCUGAUUUCCGGAGGCAGGAAAGGCCAUAUCUCCAUCUUUGACAUCCGGCAAAGGCAGGCCCUUCACACAUUUCAUGCGCAUGAUUCCUCAAUCAAGGCCCUGGCCUUGGAUUCCUCGGAGGAAUGCUUCUGCACGGGUUCUGCAGAAGGCAACGUAAAGGUCUGGAGACUAACUGGCUAUGGCUUGAUCCAUUCCUUCAAACACGAACACGCUAAGCAGUCCAUCUUCCGCAACCUGAGUACAGGAGUCAUGCAGAUCGAAAUGGCCCCGGGCAACCGCAUAUUUUCCUGCGGGGCAGACGGCACUCUGAAAAUGAGGGUUUUGCCCAACGCUUUCAAUAUCCCCUCAGACCUCUGCGACAUUGUGUAGCCUUGGCAGCCUCCCCGUCAAAAGGAGAAGGCCUGGCCUUCCCUCAAGAGUUCAGAAGAACACUUUUCUACACUUGGCUUCCCAAGAAAUUAGCGCAACGCUUAAUACCAGUAUUGAAGUAGCGGGAAGAGCAAGGUUGACACACUCACAUUUCGUAUCGUUCCAAGCACUGAGGCGGCACUGGGGGCGGGGGCGGGGCACCCAGUCGUGGUAUUCUAUUUUCUUCACUCCUGGUUUGGUAGCGAGAGCG